GCAGUGACACUAUGUUGUGGGACACGUACGACAAGAAACUUUGACCACAAUUUUAAAGAGCGGUUAACAGAUGUUCUACUAAAUAGAUUAAAGCAUUUGAAGAUUGGUGACUGUUUACAUACAUUCUGAAAUUAAACGUUUGCUGAUCGACAUGGAAACGUUAUAUCAUCAAACCAACAAGUUAUUGCAGGAGGUUUGUACAUUUGUUUUGCCACUUUUGACUUUUGCUGGGGUCUGGGGUUCUUUACGGCGGAUAGGUCUACUUAAACUUAAUAAAAUAUUGUCUUCACACUCUCGCUGACUACACUAAACUGCACACUUCUCACAAUCUUGAACUUGAGUCUGAGUUUUGAGUAGGCCUAACUUGAGUCUAAUUAAACUUCAGCUAAACCCGCCUUUCAUUUAACUACAAUUUAAAACCAAAAUUUAAUUCCAACAGUACUAUCAGCAAUAGGAUAAACAAUGUUGUAUUUCCUACAUCUUUUAUUUAAUAUUUAUGUUUAUUACCAUUACCAAGUAAUUAGAAAUAAUAAUAUUAAAUAAUAAUUAAUUAGUUAAUGGUUGUUAGGCUACUACAUAAAGUCAUAACAUAGCUAAUCCUAGUUAAGAUUGCCACGACUUAUUUUUCAGGGAGUGACUUCCCUUUGUUUAUUUUUACUAAAUUAUUUAAGGGAUCGAUUUAGGGUUCAGGUUAGGCAUAGGGAUUGAUUACUUUACGUGAUGUGUUAACCAAGAUGGCGGCCAUUGAGAAAACAGUGGCAAUCGUAGUCAAAAUUUACACAUAACAUAAUUAAAUUAGCAUGUGAGUAUGAGAUUAAAUUAGAAUGUAGACCUAUAUAGAGAUACAUACUUAUUAAUAUUACUUUUUGGCAUAGGCAAUGUUAUUAGGGCUUAUAAAUUUGUGUUAGUUAUAUUUUAAUUAUUAAUUAUUUAUUAUAUAGAAUAUAGGUAAUUAAUAGGCCUUUGUGAUGAAUCUAAAUGUAAACAAGAGGCAUAUGAUUAUGAUAUGAUAUGACUGAGGCUACAAUUAAAAUUAUCUUAUUCACUCUAAGCUAGAAACUGCAUUUGGGGCAAGUGUUCCACACAUAUUGUCUAACUUGUUAAGUCCUUAUGACCUUACCGGGUACUUAAACUUUUAAUUUAAGACAAAGAGAUAAAGAAUUCUGAUAGUUGUAAUAAAUCUAUUUAAUUGAUGGGAAAAGGAAAAAAUAUCAAUGAAUAACACCUAAGCUCUAAAAUAAUAAAAAAAGGUAGGUCCAUAGGUUAUGGUUUAUAGCUAAAUAUGACUGUCAGUAUCAGCUAAUAAUGUUUAGUUUUGAGUUUGUAUGUAAAUUUGACCCAUAGUUAGGCCGUAAGCUAUGUAUAUAUUUAAGGAUUACCAGGUAACUAAAAUUCCAUACUCUUUUCAAAGCUGAAACAGUAAUAUUUACAGGUAUACCCUUUAUUUUUAGGUGCAUGGAGAUCUUGCUCGUCUUGAACGAGCGUUUGGAACUAAUGAUGCCCAUAUGAUCGAGAAUGAAGUCCAAGCACAGAUUGAUCAUAUUUUUAGCAACUGUGAACGCCUUGACAUUUUGGUUUCAAAAGAGCCACCAUCUCGAAGAGCCAAUGCCAAAAUGAGGGUAGAUCAGUUAAAAUAUGAUUGUCAACAUCUUCAUAGCUCAAUGCGACAGUUGCAACAUAAAAGGUAGAGAUUACUAUUUGGUUUACCUGAAUGGUUCGAUAUUUGUUUUUAACAUUCUGGAGUUAUUCCUGCAGCUUUAACUUAACUGGUAGGACUUCUAUCAAAUUGUAUGUUAUUUUAAUCACUGAAUCAUAGGUUUGAACAAUGAAGGUAGCCAUAAUGACAUAAUACAGUAUUAUAAAUUAUAAUAAUAAAUAAUUAAAGUUAAUUUGUACAACUUUAUUUCUUUUUUCUGCACAGUGUUAACAACCCUCUAUUUUAAAUGUCUAUUAUGAUUUCCAACAAGAAACAUAUAUACGAAUAAUCACACUUUAAAACAUAAGGUUUUGAUUUCUGGAUGUUAAAUUUUAUCUAUUGGAUCUAUUUUUGUCUUACAGAAGUGUCCAAUAUACAAUUUUUGUAAAGAAGUGUUUUAAUGCAAUGCCCCAAGCGCCCCCCCCCCCCUCUUUAAAAAAAAUAAAAUAAUAAAUAUAUAAAUAUAUAUAUAUAAGACAAAACAUAUCUUUUUCAAAAGAAGGCAAGAAUAUACCCACAUAUGGGCUUUAUUAUCGAUACUAGGUAUACUUAACAGAAAUGUUGUCUCUUAUUUUUCUUUACAGUAAAUCAAGGCUGUUUGUGUAUUGUUAGACCAUUCAUUUCCAGAUUUUAGUAGUUUAACUCAAUGCACAAAUACUUUUUUCAGGCAUAUGAAACAACAGGAGGAAAAUGAAAGAGAAAUCCUAUUAGCUCGAACUUUCACCACCAAUGAACAAGACACAGCCAUCAUGAUUGACCCUGCGCUUCAACAUCACACAAAACUGAAUGAGUCAAGCAAGCAUUUGGACAACCUCAUCGGGCACGGGGGCAGCAUUAUUACCAACCUCAGGGAGCAGCGCAUGACACUUAAAGGUGCACACCGGCGUAUUCUAGAUAUAACCAACACAUUAGGUUUGACCAACACUGUCAUGAGGCUCAUUGAGAAAAGAACAAGUCAGGAUAAGAUAAUAUUGGUGGUUUGUAUGAUAAUAUGCUGCACAAUUAUGUACCUUGUCUGGAAAUAUUUCUCUUAAUUUUCUUAUAAAAAUGUUAAUUAGCUUUACUAAUUUUAUGAUUGGUCUUGUAAUUUUAAAAUAUUUUAAACAAUAGAUGUGAAAUUAUUUUUCAAACGUCCUAGAUGAAUAAAAUGGAACACAGUUCUAUUGUCACUAUUGUGUAAAUUUAUUUGUUAAAAAUAUUAAAAAAUUUUUUAUUAUUCAGACUUCACCAGUUCACAAUAAGUCUGAAUAGAUGAGCUCCUAUUGUACAUAUAUAUACAAAUAUUUAAAGCAUUACGCAUGCUUCUCUUAAUGCAGCACUAAGAUUUAAAAAAUAAUAAUUUUUGCACACUGAAACCUUUUUUUUAUUUUCAUGAUAAAUAAGUUGAACAGUGGUGUUAUAAUAUUAUAACAUUAAUGAGUUAUUUUUCAUUAAGUUUUUGUUUAUAGUUGUUUGAAUGCAUAUUCUUUUCCAAAUAUAAUUGGAGAAAUAAGCAAAAAUAUUUGUGAAACUAGAAGAAUUAAAUUUUGAUAGCUCAUAAUCAUUAUUAUUUUUUUUUGUUAAAUGUCACAAAAUAAAUUUGCUUGUGCAUUUAAGAACUUAGGUUAUUCUAAAUUAAUUUUUUUUAAAAAAUGAAUAGACGGCAAUACUUUUUAAAAAAAUGAAUUCAAAACAUAAAGCACUCUUAACAAAAAUUGAUAUUCUUGUAGUCAAUUUUUGAUUGGUGGUUCUGCUGCAGUUUUUAAACCCACACCUCCCUUCUUAUUGGAUGCCAUUUUAACUUUUAAAGAAAAAGGUGGUAUAUUCCUGAAGCUACCAAUUCCUUCACCUUAUCAUAGCCAUCAUUAACUCAUACCAAAAAUCAUUGACCAACCAGGUAAAUGUUGCUGUUUUAUUUAUUAGUAUUGUUAUUUUAAACAUCAAAUAGAACAUGCCUGGCCAUAACUAUAGUGGAGAUUUAAAUGUUUCAAUGUGAUGUGAAAAUCAUCGCUCACCAUGUUUAGUCGAAGCUAGUCAGUCGCUAUUUGUUUUUUUUACUUAAGAAUAACAGCUUCAAUAAUCAUAACAUAGAACAUUUCCCCGACUUUUUGUUUCUUCCUUCUCUCUUCCCCUACCUUGCAAGAUGAAAGAAUUUUAAGAAUUUGCCCUUUUUCAUCACAUGUUAAGAGAAAAAUAUUUGCUCACUUAAUCCAUGGUUUUUGUCUUUUAGACCAUAACUUUUUCUAGUAUUUACUGAGGUAGAAAUGAGUGGUGCAGGGAUAUUUGUUUUUUGUUCUGUGUUUCUUCCUGUUGCAUUUUAUUUCUGAGAGUGCUACUUUUAAGAAUUGUAAGAAUUAGUAUGUGAGGUAAAUGAGUGAAAGUUAGUGAGAGAUGUUAUCAAAAAGUCCGAUGACUUCAAUGAGAUUUUCGUGUUGAAAUUAAAAUAUUUUAUGAACACUCCAAAGCUUUGAUUGUUUACUUAGAAAUGCACACAUUCUAUUUUACUCUCCCAAUUCUUUUGGUUGCUGUAUCACUGUCUAAGCUUGUAGUGUAAGUCAGCUUUCUAAAACAAUUUACAGGAAACUGUAACAGAGUUUUCAAGGAGCACAAAAAAUUGAAUCAUUUGAUAAGAUCAUAGGGCAAAAAGACCAUUUACUGCUAAUUGAAUUUUAAAAAAAAAACACUUAUAGAAAAUAAUAAUGAAAGCCCCCCCUUCCCCCACCCCCAAUUUAGACAAAAUUUAACUUGGAAAAAGAGAUAAUUACAGCAUAAAAAUGAUUUCACUUUUUCUUCUCACUGAUUCUGUACUUAUUUUUAAUAUUAUUUUUUUUAAAUGCUAACAACAAGCCAAGUAAUUUAUCAAGUAAUGGAAAUUUGAAUUUUUGAUUCAAUAACUGAUUUCACCUUCUCACAUUUAUUU